AUGGCGUCGACCAAAAAAGGAGGACGCCUCUCUGAUACCGCCAAACCAGCAACCAAGAAAAACCCGAACGCGGCUUCCAUAACACCCCCCAAGGCAACUACCUCGGCCGCACUUACUGGCAUCAAACUUGCUCCUGGCACACCUCUACCUCACGGCCAAGCAACUCCACGCGGCAGUAUGAAAUUUGCUUUGCCCGCCGCGUCGAAGGCAACAGCUCCUUCAUCCGGUCGCAAGAACAGAAAUACGGUCUCACCCGCGAGCAGCAAGACGACCAGCUCCACCGAUUCGGACCAGAGCCAGGACGAGACGGAAGAAGACGAGAGCCAGGACGAGAUCGACGACAACGAGACUGAAGAAGACGAGACGGAAGAAGAAGAUGAGAGCGAGAGCGAGAUGAGCGACGAGACGGAAGACACUCCUCAGACACCCGUCCCGGCCCGCAAGGGCAAUCUGAAGAGAAAGCGCUCCGCCGUCGCGAGCACUGACAAGAAGAAGGCAAUCACUCCCUCCACUGUCGCGACCGAUUGCACAAACACCGACCCCUUCUUCGAUGGCGACACGCCCGAAUUGAACGAUAGCACGAUUCCCUUCAGCCUCAAGAGACGCCACAAGAGCUCGACCCCGCCGGGCUCUCCCACUCCAUCCGACAGCGACACGCCGUCGACCCCGACUAAGUCUCCGUCGAAGCGCCGUCGCACCGAGCCUGCUCGUCCCAGACUUCCCAGCCAUGCCGAGACGGUGGAGAAGGUGAAGAGUCUCUCCGCAGAGUUGAAGGCGGUGAUGAAGGAGCGCAAACGCCUCGAGGCUGAGUAUUUGCUCUUGGUCGACGAGAACAAUGCAACGCCGGAAAUGCUCGACGCGGCUGUCGAGACCUGCAGAGCCCGCCUUCAGACAGCCGUCACUUACGGCAAGUCCAGCGUCCAGGAGUCGCUUGGCGAUUCUGGCAUCUUCAUGCCUGUCUACCCCGACCCGUACCACGCAUCCAAUCACGCGUACUUCGAUCCUCCCACGAUGGUGCCGUACACGUCCGAAGAGCUUCAGCCUAUGAAAGACGCCCUGAGCAAGGCCUACUACAAGAGAGAGUGUUGGUACGGAGACACAAGAUAUCUCUUCCGGCACAUGACGGCUCUUAGAGAGGAGGUGAUGCCCAGAAUUUGGAACGAUCUCCAGAAAGCGAGGGCGGAGGAGGCCGCAGCUCGUCAGCGGGAGGGUAACCGAAGCAUGACUGCCACGCCGGGUGCGAGGCCCAAGGAAGUUAUGUUGUCGGGCGGAAGGCCACUGCACAAGCCUUCUCCUUCUAUGGCCAGGAUUCGGCAGGCGCUCGGACAGACUCCCGGAGCAUCUCCCGGAGCGUCCUCCGUUGCCUCUUCGGCGACCUUGCAGGAUAUGUCGCCGGGUACGAGCCCCUUUGGAACACCUACUCGUGGACACCUUGGUAGCCCCACGUUGCCGUCGUCGCCACCGAUCCCGUGGUCUCCGAUGAAAAGAGCCGGAGCUUUCACCCUUGGCAGCAGCCCUCUUAAGCUUUCAUAUGAGGUAUAA